CACAAUGAUGGACCUCUGCCCUGAAGACUCCUGGAAUUUUGUCUUUGGAGACGCCUCUCUUAAUAAGGGUCAUGCAGGAAUGUUGAAGAACAAACCAAAGCAGGGGGACGACUCUACCUUUGAUGGACAUCACACUCCUCCCAUCCACAGCAGUCUCUUGCUCCGAUCCUGCAAGACGAUGACGCAUGAGAUCAGGCAUAUGUUUGGAAUAAAGCAUUACCAGUGGCUCAGCUGUGUCAUGCAGUGCUCCAACCACCUGGAAGAGUCAGACCGUCGGCCCCUGGACCUCAUCUGCCUACGCAAGCUUCAGACCUUAUAGCACUGGAUGGAAGACAAGCCAAGCAAGUCCUGCUGGAGAGGAGGCGGCAAUUCUUAAACCUGCUGAACCCUUCCAUGCGGCCAAAGUGUGGAUGCAGAGAGGCCACACCAUACUGUAAGU